GGUUUUGCAAAAGCUUUAGAAAUGCUCGUUGAAUAAGCAUUUUGCAAUCCCUGCAUAGGAAAAAGGAAAAGAUGCCUACACAAUGUUUAAGAUAACCUCAUAUUGAUUCAAGAAUUUGAAAGUGUAAAAUACUUUUCUCUCGACUCUUCAGACCCAUGCUGAGGCCUAUUCCGGCACUAAGCUAUACAUGCCUUUUCCAACAAACGAACUUAGAAGAGCGAAACUGUUGGAAAAGUUCUCAUCAUUUGGUAGUUUUUGAAAAGAAUUUUAUUAAUAUAGGGUUUUUGUUUAUUUGAACGUGCAGAUAUCAAGGAAACAGCAAAUUGUAAGGAUUGAGGUUGAAGACAUACAAUGAGAUGAAUCCAGGUAAUCCGACUUCUGCUGGAUUGUGGACCAAAUUUAAGCAAUUCUGGAAGAAUGCUAAAAAUGAAUAUUUGGAGUGGGAAAAACAACAGCUGAACGAGCCAUCGGCUAGCUCGCUAGAAACACAAGAUAGAAACUCAACGACGAAGAAGUCUGAUAUACAAUUUAUCCCUCCUCCUAAUCAUCCUUCUAGAAAGAGAAAGAGGCAAUAUGCGGGUGAAAAGUCUCCCAAGAAAACGGUCGCAAGUGGUCGAACCCCUAAACAGAAAACACUCCGAACGGAUGAAGUCCAGUCAGAGUUGUCUUCACCAAACAAGCCUGUUCAUCUUGAUCUCAAUAAUGACGCUUCUUUCGAUGCUCCCUUUUUAACCCCUAUAAAUGAUCUAUCACCUUCACGUUCUCGAUUUCAUUCACACCGACAACCCUUGCCAUCUUCUUCUUUCCGUGCCUCCGAAUCUUCCAUUCGAUCCAGGAUUCCUUCCCGUUCUUCUCCAUCUCCUUUUCAUUUCCAUGAUCCUCCAACACAAACGGAUCCUCCUUUCCCUACCUCCUCUCCGAAAACUGCUGCAGAUACGAAUUCCGACUCAUUGGUUCUGUUUCAACGGCUUGAAAGUAUUGAAUCUAUGCUGCACAACUUACAAGAUAAAUUGAGUCACUAUGAACGAAAUGCUAGCACGAGCCCUUUUUUGUUUGGACCUCCGAAUGGCGCUUCUUCUCCUUCGUUACCGAAUUUCCCUGUCCAUUCGACUCCUCUUCAAUCAAAAUCCUCUCAACGAGAGAAUUCGAAUGCACAAGUUGAUCACCAGAACCUAUUGUCCAACAGGACGGGAAUAUCUGGUUCAGUUGAAGAAACCCAUCAAAUAAAGGAGAAUGGUAAGGAGCUUUACGAACUUAGUGAAAGCUCAACUGAAUCUGAAGAUUCACUAAUUUUGGAAGAAUUCUCUGAAUCUCGUGCUUUCAAUUCACCGAGAGCCACUCAAGAUAAGUAUUUACAAACAAUGGAUGCUAAGAAAGGGAAUGGCAAUAAGGCAUCAUAUAAUACUUCUUCCUCUUUAACCCUUGGGAAUCGCACUGAACCUGCAAAUCAAAAUGUAUUCAAUACUUCUACUCCAAUUUCCAAUCGGACUGCACUGUCUGCUGACGAACCUAAGGAAAUAAAAAUAGAGACUCCGGACUUCUCGAAUAAUAAAGACAACAUCUUAGCAAACGGUAAUAAGGAAGUGGUUUAUCAUGAAAAUCAUAAGGAGAAAGAUGUCGGUUCGGGCUACACAAAUAGUAAAGGUGCUUCUUCUGACCAUAUAUCUACUAAUGACAAGAGUAUGCCGGUUACAGGUACAUCUAGCGGUAGGCCGGACAUUAGCACAACCAUGUUUGAACAACUAACUCCCAUCCCUAAAACAACAUGGAGUCACUACAGCGAUAAGCAAGAAAGUUCAAAUCCUUCGAUUGAACAUUCUGUAAGAAGACCUUCAAGGAAUAGCCAGAAUCAAUCUCCAAGGCGGGAGGAAGAAAGUACACGUAACGACAUCGAGCAUACAAAAGAGGCACUUGCAAGGCUUCGAGCGAAGAUGCAAGAGCGUUUAAAAAGGCACAACGCAGAAAAAAGAAAUCAAAGCUAAGAGCCUCAUCGCGGGCGAUGAGCUCUGGGUGAUUGGACGUUUCCAGUGUAUUUAAACAAAGGAGGUGUAGGUAAUAAUAUCAUGG